ACUCAAAGAUCGAUCCUUUAAUUCAUUUCGUCAGACUGAAAGAGGGCUCGUUCAUCUUCGAAUUUCCGGAAGGCUGUUUUUGAACCAGUGAAAAGCCUGCACAGUAUCGACCCAACAGUUCAGGGUAUAAAUUGCGCAGCAUUUACUGGACUUUCAUUGAGACCGAGGGUUUGGAGCGCAGACUGUCAAACUACACCUUAGUGAAGAUCAUCCUUGUCCAUCUUCUCAGAACUGCCGCUGUUUAUCGGCAGCUAUUCUGAGCCAGUCGGGGAAGGAUCGAGGGAUCUCGGUGAUUUCCGGGAUCGGACGGAAAAGCACGAGUUGGACCGGGACUGGCUGGUGGACACACGCUGAGGCAAGAGAGGAGAGCACAGAGACAGCUCCCACCGCCGUCCCUUGAACUCGCUCUGCUUGUCCUUCGCGGCUGCAGCUCCACACAGCCGGAGCCGUAGUGACUACCACCCUCCCCGCUUCCGAGAUGAAAAGUCACCGCCUGCUUGCACUGACUGCGGUCCUCCUGAUUUUGGCAGAAGUAUUUUGCGAAGAGAUCUCUCCAAGUGAAGACACAUCGCUUUGGCUCGCCAGCAAUCAAAGUCAGGAAAGGCAACUGAACGAGAACUCUGUUCGGGAUCUCCUGCGCCGAAUGGUCAGGAAACCGCGACCUGGGAAGUUCUACGCCUUAAUGGGAAGGCGAUCACUAGGAAGCAAGCCAGUGAGUCAAAAACGACUUAAGUUAGAGAGGUUUGUUGGACUUAUGGGAAAACGCUCAUCAGCUGUUGGCUCCCCUUCUGAGUACAAAGUUGUACAAGAUUUUGUCCAAGGGCAUUAAUAAAUCAUGAAGAGUGAAAUAAAUUGGUCAGCAAUUAUUUUAAUUUGCUAGCAGGUGUCAAUAAUAUUGUAUCCUUCACUAGUGAGAAUUGAUUAUUAAAGGAAAUAGUUGUUAUGUCUUCCACCAACUAUAGUUAUUUUACUGCCAUAUUUAGUAAUAUAUAGCCUAACAUUGUAAUUGUCCAGAUAAAAGUGUAAUAAGAAAAUUUUGAUAACACUCAGCUGUAUCAAUGUUAACUGGGGAAAUGAAUAGCCCCUUAAUUAAUGUACUAUAAUUUUGUACUGUCUGUGAUAAAAUAAUCAUUAUUCAUAAAAUGAUGCUUGUCCAUAAGAUGCUAACAUAAUAAUUUCAUUUUUAACAUUAAAUGAUUGGUAUAAAACAAAGCUAUUUUUGCUUCAAUACAUAUUAUUAAAAUUUGUAUUUAAUGUGACUUUAUUUCAAAAAUAAUAAAUGUAUUUAAUGCAACAAGACAUUGGUAUAGUUGUAGCAUAUAUCUGAGUACGUUUGCCAGAAUUGUGUAACUAAAUAAAAAGUAAAGGCAUUUCUCUUCAUUCCCAUAACUGAGUCUGGCAUUAAUGCAGUGUCAGUCACAUCCUCUGGCUGUCCGGAGGGAACCAAAUAAAUGAUGUAUAAGGUGGUAUUAACCAAUAAAGUGGUAGUAAUGUC